UUUCCUGUUUUGGCAUGGGAUUCUAUUGAGAGUUAACAAGUCACUGAAAUCUCACCAAUUUAGUUCCAUCCUUUCGCUAAUCGCUUUUACAAGCGACUUUCAAUUGCGUGAUGAACCGGUUAACCAGUCUGCUCUUCGUUAUUAUUUCCACUCUAUCGUGUGUGAAAUCAACUGGAAAUGCCGUUCAUCAUGAGUACUGUGUUGUCGGAGCUGGCCCGGGAGGUGAGUGAUUUCUAAAUCAUCUUUAAAUUUAAGUUCUUGCCCUUUUUUCGAGUUGAAACGAGCAAUAUCUCUUGGCAGUUUCGAUGUGUUUUGUAAAUAUAUGUGCACUUGUUGGUAUUGAAUUUGCUGAAUUUUUUAUUUCAGGGCUUCAGUUGGGAUUUUACCUUGAGCGCGCAGGCCGUGAUUAUAUCAUUUUCGAACGUGACGCACUCGCAGGUAUUUUGGGGAUAUUUUAAAUGUAAUCGAAAGUGUGAAGCUUAAAUUUAUCACUUUCAUCUUAGCCUGCAACUCUAUUCUGAUCAUUUAUCGGUGUUAAUCACGUUCAAAUUUUGGUGAUCGAAUUUUUUUGAAAGAAAUUGAAGGCGAACCUCACAAAGUUGCUUGUCGUUAGUAAUUGAUAAUCAGUUUUAAAAUACUUUUAAACAAUAUUUCACCAUUUUGGAGGGUAAUCGGUGGCUGACAAUUUAGAAGCACAAUUAAAAUUUGAAGAAAAACUAAACUAUCUGCAGCUGCCAUAAGGAUGAAACCGAUACAGAUCGAACGCUACAGGUGACAGUCAAGUAGGAACAUAAUUGCAUCGACUGUCCAUGGAACCUUAGGUCGACUUCCUCUGAAAAGGCUUCUAUGUCAAAACCUUUAUCUGAUCGUGAGAGUUGUAAACUUUCGGGAAGGAAAGUGAUGCGAGGAUUAAAGUUUGAAAUAUCAACUAGCUUUCAAUAUUUGCAUAAUUGUGUAAUCGAUUUUCUUUUCUUCGAGAUUAUAUAAUUCUUCGUUGCAUUAUGAUUUCCUUCCGGUUCAGCGUUUUAUACAUAGGUUCUGUUAUGCGAGAACUAGCACAUCGAAUUUUUUUCCUAUGUAUACCGGAGAAAAAAGGGUAAAAUUUCCGCUAAGCCCCAUACUACAUUAUGCAUUCAGUUCUUGGACAGAGAAAACAAUGACAAAAACAAUACAUUGCCAUUGGGAAAACAGAUUUGUUUUACAAUAGUAUGGGGCUGUGAGGAAAUUUUACUAACAAAUCACUUAUUGUAUGAUCUGUAUAAUUUUGAGCAGUCAGAUUUAGAAAUUUAGGAUGGUCUACUACUACACCAUUUUUAAGUCAUAAAACGCAUGAAAAUGUGUGGGACACAGUAAUAUGACAUUUCUUUUCAUGUAAAAUUCAAGUCAAUAUUGUUCUUCCUUUUUCUUGGAAAAUGAAAGAAAGCAGCUGCCCCUAUAUAAUGAGCACCUGAACAUCUGUUUUUUCCUCUAAGUAAUUAAAUAUCCUUUCUCUGAAUGUAUAUUGCUAAAUAUUAAGUUUGUAAUACUGAAAAGAAAAUUGUACUCAAUGAUAAGAUGGGCAUAAUACUUUACCCUAAAGAAAGAAAUAAACUUUUUAAAAGUAAAACCACAAUUGCCCUAGGGUACUUAGAGGUAUUUAAUUCAUUGUACAGUUUGACCAUAUAUUUUUUGUUGCUCACAAUUCUUUUUUCUUUCUCUUGCAUUUUACAUGUGUUCACUUUUUCAAUAAGUAUAAACUCAAUAAUUUUCUUCUAGUCUAUACUAUCUGUGUAGGGUAAUUCACUUUGAUUUACCUAUAACAAAGUUCUAGAACUUUUUGGUCAGGAAAACAAAUCAGUAUUAUCAAUUCACUGCCUUUCUUUGGCAAUAUAUUCCUUAAAGAAAAAAAUGAAACUAUGCGGAACAACUUUAUUAAGCUAUAGCAAACAAGGAACAUACACAGUUAACCCUUUCACUCCCAGAAGUGAUUAACAUAAAACUUCUCCCUAUAAUAUCCAUGCAUUAUUCAGCAAACAGGUAAUGAGAAUAUUCAAACUUAUCAGGUAGAAUCUGCUAUCUUGAUCUAGUACCAAGUUCUCAUAACUUAUUUACAAGGAAAUGUGUAGCAGCUAGAGGGGAGAAUUGUCAAUCAGAUCUUGGGAGUUAAAGGGUUAAUGAUCUUUCUGUACUAAGUUAGUUUGGAAAAUGGAUAAGAAUGAUUAGAGUUGAAAAUGUCAUUUAUGUGCUUAUUACAUUGAUGGAUAACAUGAUUUGUGACAUUUGAAAUUACAAUUUUAAAACCAAAUUUUUGUGUGUGAGGACAUUUUAGUUUGUGAGUUGCAUUCCAGUUACAUAUCCACUCCUGAGCAGAAAUCAGCAACAAUUACAUUCAAUUUUAAUUUCCUAAUGAAAAAUGCCAGAGCACUUGAUGUUUGUUGUAAACUUAUGCCAACUUAAAAUUUACCAGUAUUUUUUAUGUCUUAUUUAACCAAAAUUUCAGGAGCAUUUUAUACAAAGUAUCCAAGACACAGGAAAUUAAUAUCUAUCAACAAGAGACACACAGGUACCCCUUAUUUGUAAUGACUAUAAAAUUGUAGACUGAAGCAUUUCUUUCACUUAAGGAUGGUGGGGAAAGGGUUUGCAUGAAUGAUUUCACAAAAUGAUGUUCCCUUAUUGGCUAUAUAUAGUAUUUAAAGAAUAUCUAAAUUAAAUCACUGCAUCAAUCUAUCAUUCAUGUUUCAAUGAAUACAACCAAGUUAGGGUUAUAGUCAACCCUUUGACUGCAUCCUUUUAAGCAGAGAACAAUGGAAUAGACUGAGGUACCCUUACUGUCCAUUAAAGGUUAUUGAUGUGUUAUGGAAAGUAAAAAAAUGAUAUCAAGAAACAAAAAAUUCUAUUUUGUCACAUGGUCUUACAUUAAGGCCUUGAGGAUUGAAGUAUGAUGUUUUGGUCAUCCUAAUGCAAGUUAUACAUUUGACCUUAGAGACAUCUUCUCAAAAAUUCUUGGAAAAAAAAACUAAGAACAUCUUGUAUCAAUUUAAGUUUUCAGCUUUCCAAAGGCUGAGUGAUACAUUAGAUUAUCUUUCUUUCUUGAGGAAACUUAAACCUCCAGAACUAAGUUGAUUUGCAACAUUUAUUUUCAUUUUCAGGAAAAACAAACAAAGAAUUUAACAUGCGUCAUGAUUGGAAUUCCCUUCUCAGUGAUGAUGAGUCUCUUUUAAUGACUAAAUAUUCCAAACAGUUUUUCCCAGAUGCUGAUAUCCUGGUGAGUGUGAUAUCUUUCUGCUCAACUCUUCAGGGAUGACUCCAAUUCAGCUUUCAAACAUUUUACUCCAAAAAGAAAACCUCACAGUUUUGUUCCAAUUUAAAUAGACCCAUCACCUUCAUCAUUAUAUUCCUUAUGGAAAAUUAGUAAGGGUAAGUCUGCUCUUGAGCCAAGUGGUCCACCAGCCAGAGCUUAUUCUGGUUUCCUUAGCAUAAAGUGACAAGGAGUAUCACUAUUCCCUCCUGGAUAGGAUGCUAGUUCAUCACAAGAUUACCUUCUAGCAUUUGGGUUAAUUGCCCAAAAACACAACAGUCAUUGACACAGCCAGGUCUUGAACCCUGACCUCUUGAUAUGUAGCACAGCACACUAACCAUUGGCCCAUCAUGUCUCCUAGAGAAGGACAAACCUUUCACCAUGAAAAAGUAAUGAAAUAUACUAAUUAAAGAUAUUAACAAAAAGCAAAACAGUUGCACCCUCAUGUGACAUCAGGUUUAGAAAUAGAACCCAUAGGUAAGUGUUCUAGAUGUUGAGCUAUCCCUUUUCUGCAAAUUGAAUACUUGUGUGGCAUACAUUUAUUAUAAACAAUUAUUGAAAUAUUGUUUAAUUGAUCAUCUCUCUCUCUCUCUAGGUGAGAUAUCUGAAUGACUAUGCUACCAAGCUCAAACUGAAAGUCCAGUACAACACAAACAUACUGCAUGUGUCUAGAAGUGAGGAAGAGGAUGAUGCUCUUUUUCACCUCAAAGAUCAAAAUGAGACUGAAUACACCUGCAAGAAUCUUGUUAUCUGGUAACUAAAGAAGAACUUGUGUUUUCAAAGAUGAUAGAUAUGAAAAAAAACUUAAAAAAAUAUCACAGUGCAUGGUUACCGCUUUCUGUUCAGCCCUACCACUUCAUGUCUGGGUUUCACCUUACAGCCCUUUCUUGGGGCACAGUCUGUGCUAUUGGUGGCUGCUUAUGGAAAAAGUUAUUGAAACCCUGUUUUGAUAAUCUGUUAGUUGUAGUACUCGCUUGGUUGUCUAACUUGCUAACCGCUUUGUUCUUUUCUGUUUGGUUAGUACUGGUAUAGCUGUUGAAAAUCUCCCCAGAAAGUUUAAAGGAUUUGAAUACACAGAGGUUUGUCCUUGAGAUGAUACUUUGAAAUUGGCCUUUUGAUUCCCAGAAAUGAUUAGGAUGGAAGGUCUCAUUGUAGUAUCAGGAAUGAGAGGAGAAUGAGGGGAUGAGUAUAGAGAAAGCAAUCAGUAAGAGGCUUUUGUGUGGCACCAAAUUCUCUUACUGGUCAUUAAAAAAUAUACUUAGAAAUAUAUCAUGAUGACACCCCUGUUAAAUUUUGUUGAAAGACCCUGCUUCCCUCUUUAAGUUGGUUUCUUACAAAUGGUCCAGUUUCCCCUAAAAAACAUUGAUGAAGGGGAAAUAUUUCAACAAUUUUGAUAAUCAGGGUUGAUAGAUGACAGCUUUAUGAACUGAAGGCACUUUGACACUUUGAUCCAACAUUUAACUCUGAAGCUAGAGGGCUGUUCAGAGAAUUGAUGGCAAGAAUCAACCCUGAUGUAAUUAAUUUCCUGCUUUUAAAUCAUGACCAAUUCAUUUACAUUGAUCAAACUAGCUCAAAGUUUAGAUUGAGAUUUUAUAUCCUUUUUAAGGCUGUUACACAACACUCUCCACCUUUCUUUUUUUCUGGGGGGGGGGGGGGAGAGAUGACUGACAUCUAGAAUACAGUUGAAAAGGAGUCUAUGAGAGGUAUUCAAGAUACUCCUAAUACUGCACAAUGGUAUGACCUUAACAUACAUUUUUUUUUCAAUUUUUUAGAGUUACUCGGAUAUUUCAACAAACCCUGAUGAUUAUGAGGGGCAAACAGUACUGAUUGUAGGAAGAGGUGAGAUGUCCGAUAGUGUUGGGGAGGGGAGAAGUUUCCUCAAGAAAAACCUCUAUUCAAUAACACUUAUUAAUUUCAUUGCUUGAUUUAGGGAACUCAGCAUUUGAGACAGCAGAUAGCAUAAUGGGAGCUACCAAUUUAAUCCACAUGUUUGCCAGGUUUGUUCCUUGUCAAACAUAUUUUUGAGUUACUUUUUGGAGGGCCUGCCUCAUGAUGUUAUGAUAAUCUUGUGCAGACUUCUAUCAGCUUAAAAGAGGUUACUAAAUAGUGGUUUGGAGACUGAGAUAGAAGACAGCAAAGGGACAAUAAGUAUUUAAAGGAAUCCAAGGAUUGCUACAAAAGGAAAACAUUAAGACAGAUGGAGUAGAUGGAACAUGAUGGAUUUUAAGCUUAAGCUUAAAUUUAUUAAGAUGCACACAAAUAUAACUCCUUUGAGCAAUUAUCAGAGAUGCAUCAGGGAAAUGGCUGUUCUUAAAUUUAUUUUUUAACUUUAAACCAACCCUUAGAUAACUGGAUAGGUUAAUGAAUUUGUUGGUACUCUUAAUUUAAUAGUUUCAUUUCAUUGCAGAUCAAGGGUUCGUUUGUCUUGGGAAACCCACUAUGUUGGUGACUUGAGGUAUGGUACAUGGUCUCUCAAGGAUCCAAAUUAGUUCUCCACAUUAUUAUUACAUUUCUCAUAACUCUUGCUCUGGAGAAUUUGACGUUAAAUCAAGCAGUAUCACAUAGGUCGAUCUUUGUCUUUCUUCGUCACCUUUCUACUGAGAAUUUAUUGGUAUUGCAAGGAAAAUGAACCAUUAAUCAGCUGGGGAGUGACGGUUAACUAGUGUUAAAUUACACGCAGACAACACAGCUGACUGCCUAAGAGCUGAGUUAUAUUACAUUUCUUUUUUUCUUCGGUCGCAAAAUUGCUACUUCAACACGCUAUGAAAACAAGAAACCUUACCAAACAUUUCCUUCACAUAAACCGAAACAGUAUAAAACCGAUAACUGCAGUAUACAGCCUUUCAAGACUCUCUUAGACAACUUUCCACUGAUUUGAUUUAGCUGUAACUGGUUUAAAUUUGUUCCUCUCACAGAGCCGUGAAUAAUGGAAUCUUGGACACGUAUCAAUUGAAAUCUCUUGAUGCGUUACUGGGUAAGCUCUAUUACCUAACCGAUUUUUAAUUCCAAUUCCGUCAAUUCACUUUUCACUUGGCAGUCAUCAAUGUGUCUAAAGCCUGAUUAAGUCAAUACAAUAAUUAUUGUACACAUAACUACCUGUUAGCUCAGUCAUGACCCCCACCCCACCCUCCCAAAGAAUGUGGUUUGCUAAAAGCUCCUGCUCAGGAUGAUAUUGUAAGUAUCUUCACAAUACUGUUCAGACGGAAGAAAAUCCAACACACUUUUAUUUAGUAUACCUUUUUGGGUUAAUGUUUUACACACUCAGAGGCUCCUAUAGAGGAAAUGGCCGUCAUUAAGAGAGAUGGAAAACUGUUUGUUGAUGCCUUUGACGGCACUGGAGAGAACAUUGUCACAGCAGACCAGCCAAUCUCAGAGAGUGGAAGAGCACGUAAGGGAGGACUGCAGUCCUAUUCUUAAAUGAACCAUUUAAAUGUCAAUUUAGUGUUUUGUAUUCUUAAAAGUGAUAAUAAUGGAAGGUCAUAAUAUUUUAAUCAAUUUUUUUAAAAUUAUCUUCAGUAAACUCAACUUUAACUAUUUGGAGAUAUAUUCUUCAUGAACUCAAGUGUGAGAAGUGCAGGUGUUUUGUCAGAUACCUUCAUCACAUUACCGUCAUGGCUACUCUUAUAAUAACCAUAACAGCUCUGGUUGAGUAAACAGAGUCAGGAAGAGACAGUUUUAAAACCUGCGGUAACCUCAUCUUUCUCAAAUAAAAGCCAAGCCUGAGUAGUAAAAAUUACACUUCUGUGCUUGACAUGGUAAACGUAAGCUAGCAUUUUAACCAAGCACACUUUAGACCACGCGCAGUCCCAUCUUUGCGGCAAAGUCCUCGCGCAAGUCUAACAAAAUCAGUGAAAAAUGAAUUGGUGUUAGCGCACCGCGCGGUGAGCUAAAAAAAAAAUUUUUCGCCGAUUUUUGAAUUAACUCACGCAACGGACUUCGCCGAAAAUGAGGGACUGCUCAUUGUCUAAAUGCAAUUUAAUUUUUGCGUUUUUUUCAUUGUCGUGGUGUUUGUUAGAAAGAGUGUCACCUAUCCUCUUUGAAAAUGUUUUGAUCCAAUGAUUCUUUUUCAGCUGAUAACUUUGCUGUGAGAGAGCCUUAUGAUCGCGUUAUACGCUGCCUAGGUUUUAAGGUAUAAAAAUAAUUUUACACCCUAACACCAGUGUCCACAUUCUCCACACUGUUCUCUGUUAAUUUCCUAAGGCGCUGACAAGGAGAAUUUGUUUAAAAAUCAGAAGCUUCUUCUGUUGCUGAUCGUUUCCUUUAUUCUCGUGACCCCAAUGUGUGAUUUAUGGGUGAUAUUAUAAGGAGAAAUUAGAUGCUAGUCUCUCUUAGGAGUCAAAGUGUUAAACUUAUAGCCCAUUUAAAAAGUUCAACUGAAUAUUGGACUAUUAUUCAUCUGGACAUCUUACCAAUGCAAACAAUCUCUACCUUGAAGCCUUUCUUGAGGAAAAUUUUUAGCAUUAUGGAUUUUCGUGGGGCUUUUGUUGUAGAGUCCAAGUUUUUCUUUUUUUCUUGGAGACUACCCCUGAGCUUCCUCAUAUCCCAGUUUAAUAUAUACCACACAGGUGAAUAGUACUUUUCACACGCGCUGACUGGCUUGUUCGGAAGUGAUUAGCGAAAAGCAUUCACCUCUGAGCAGCCGAAGAGACAACAUUUCACCUCAGUGAAUAAUUGUUGGAUAUUUGGCAUUGAAAAAAUUUUUUUUCCCAGCAACGUGGGAUUAAACUUCCUCACAACUUUGAUAAGUAGCUAACAGGAAGUUAGUGAUUGUUGUACUAAGAAGUUGCUUUUCUUUUUGUCAGUUUGACUUUUCCAUAUUUGACAACACAACUAAGCCAAGGCCAAGCAGAGGAAAGCGGUCCAAAAAAUAUCCAGCUAUCAAACCGAGCUAUGAGUCUACUUCAAUUCCAAGACUUUAUUUUGGUAGGUUUGCCAGGAAUCUUGGGCGUGACGGUCACGCAAUUUGUUUUCCAACAAGUUGUAGCACUUGCAGAUACAACUCUCACACUCUUUUUGAAAAGUUUCGCACACAAAAUCUAAAAGUUACAUUCUCUUUGCUAUUUGGAACAUACAUAUAUUUCUUAUGAUGUAAAUCUAAGAAUUUAGUUUGGAACGUAGUUUUUGUUUGCGUUGCAGCUGGAACAAACACCCAUUCUGUUGACUUCCGAAAAUCAGCAGGGGGAUUCAUUCACGGGUUUCGAUACACUGGUAAAUUUGAUUUAAACUUGGCUGAAUCAUCUAUAUAACUUUAUGCUAGAUAUCGGAACAUGUUAGAGGCUAAAGUACACAUCAAAGUUACCACAAUAAAAAAACUUUAGCUGGCAAAAUGAUUAAAAACCAUGAUCACAUCAGGUUCAAACUAUGGUGAAAUCUCGUUUUAGCGUUUCACGGCGUAGGUAUGGCUUUGCAGUCCAGACGUAGCUCUUUCAAACGAUUUGGUCGUGAGCAGGUCUUCAAAAUGCGAAUGUAAACACUAAGCCAACUGGACAAUCUUCCAUUGGGUAUUGGUUCUGUUACUUCAAGCGCGGUUGCAGGCUUAGGCUGGUGGUCCCCUUAUUAAAAAUUAAAAAUGGAAUACUUGAUUGCAAUUUUUUUUGUCUGACUGUGUCAGCAACAGUACUUUGACUUUUGCUAUAAUACUUUGUUCUCCCGCAGCACGUACUCUUCAUCGUGUGUUGGAAUGGCGUAACCAUAAAGUAGUCUGGCCUCACGUGACAGUGCCCAUUGUAGAAGUUGUGAACGUGAUACUUAAAAGGAUUAAUGAGGCAUCGGUUAGUUUUUUUUUUAGUUUCUUAAUGAUCUAAGUGAUAUGCUCGCUUAGCUCUCUCUUGACUCUCAUUUCAGUUUUCGAGUGAUUUUAAAACUAAGGAAAUUUUUGCCUUGUAAAUUUGUGUUUAUCUAUCACUCGAGGUCCAUUUUAUGUCCAGAUUUCAGUUUCCAACAAAUGGUUUAAACUCGUAAAGUAUGUUUGACUUGGUGAGAGGGACUAAUUUUUCGAAAACCUGCGGAAGUCAUCAUCAGAGUGGAGUGACUCUAUAGAUUUCACCGCUCAACUGACAACAGCACUGUUCUCUCACAGAUGAUAAGAAUAAUCGAUGAAGUUUUCACCUCUCUUGUAUAAAAUUUUUGUUUUAACUUGGGUUUUGCUAGCCGUUGUUAAAAUAUAUAGUUGACCUUACAUAAAUUUCAUACGUGUGUAAAAUGCAUGCAAAGCUUUGUCUGUUUCAAACAGGGGAUUUAUCAGAUGUUUGGGGUCCUCGGAGAAGUCAUGAUAUUGCGUGAGUAUAAAUUUUAGAUUGAGUUCUUUGAAAACGAGCCUUGUGAGAGAAAGACACAUUAAAAAUUGCAUCCUCGUGGAGAUGACGUGAAAUUAAAAUACCAACGAUUGAAAAAAGUGGGAUUUUUGGUCUAAACAAUGGACAAGUUUGAAAAAAUUGAAGGAGGGGAAAUUAAACCAAUCGCAGAUAGAAGUGAUGAGAAACUUAUGCCUUGUGGGAUUACUUUCGAAACUUGAUUGAAAAUUGCCCUCUGUCAAACAUCCUCGUUACUUAGCUCUAGGAUGUAGAAGUCGAUGUGAUCUGUAAUACUUUUGUCCAAUUAGGAAAACGAGGAUGCUGGUCAUUGCUUUCGAAAGGAGAAAGCAAAGUAUCAGUUAUAUAUGAUAUUACGUCUUGCUUCUUCAGGUGAUAAUGGAAAAGUAGAAUACUACGAGGAAUUUCCAAUCAGACUUAUACAUCAAUUUGAAGGUAAUGUUUUCAUGAUCUACUAAAUCACGUAGACCAUAACUUAGGUCUGGUUCCAGCUUGCCAUCAUGUAAUGUUUCGGGUCAGAGUCAGUAUCAGAGCAACUGCGUACCUACCCCUCCCCUACCCCAACAGCAGUCAACUUAUGACAAAUUAGGGUGAAUGUUGGGUAAGGGGAGGGGUAGGUGCGCAGUUGUUCAAUUUGUCAACAUUCUGACGAGAUCUAGUAUCGUGGGUGGAUUGACACACAUAAUUACUGCCGUGUUACUUUUGCUCUUUAUCAUAGGAAAGACCGCUUCGUUAGCGUCAAAUUGUGCCAAAAAGAGACGCUCUCUUGUGAACUUUUCGACUGUAUCGGGAAACCAAAGCCUAAAUGAGGUGUUACAACGGGCAAUUAGAACUUAAGUUUGUUAAACACAAGCAAAUUGUCAGAAGUGCGGGAAAACGCGAAUGCCCAAGUGAUGAUUGGCUUUAGUUUUCUAAUGAUCUGAUUGGUUGAGAGGGUUGCGCGAGUUUCCUGGACCAUUCACAACGCACAGGAAAGAAAACCAAAUUUAUGGUUUUUGGGGUUAUUGGGUUUGAGUGGCUGUUAAAAACACCUUACGAGAGAGACCCACAUCAUAGUUCAAACAGAAUUUUAUCACGUCGUCAAAAGUCGAACCAGAUUAACUGAUGCGCAAAACUUCAUAAGUUUUGUCUUGGCUGUUGUCGUCACGUUUCUUCUUGAGACUUUCUUUCGGUCCACCAGUUCUCCUACUGCUCGACUCGGCUUGUAAUUUGGUAAUACCUCCUUAUGAAAUAAAGGGUAUACUUCUCAAUUUAGAAUGAAAUUGUUUUCUUGUUCUGUCAGAGUUCACUGGUCGUCCAGCAGGCCCAAUGAUAGUACUCAAUAUGGAGUAUGGCAAAGAUUUCUCUGGAGCUGGGUGAGUGCAAAGCUCAACAAAUUACCGAUUUGUGUUUUUGCGCAAACAUUGUGUGAGCAUGGCGGUCUUUCUGUCUCUUGCGAGAUCUUGAUUUCAUUUCUUCUGCCUUCUGUUUCAGUAAGCUUAGAAAUAACUCCUUCUGAAAAUAGAAUUGAAUUUUAAAAACUAGGAAUUUGAAAUUUUGUAAGCCCUGCCCGCUGAUAAUUCCUUUGUUCUCACCACAGCAAGGACACGUUUAAGUCAGACCGUGCCACCGGAGAACCAGGAGAGGCGCAUAAAUCGAACUUUUUACAUCCGGUCAUCUACUUUUAUAAAGAACCUCCGACAGGUAACACCACAUAAUAUAAUUUCUUGCUUUCUUUUUUUCCCUUACGGUGUCCUUUUUAUCACUUUUACAUUACUUUCUUUGACUUUUGCUUGGAUAGCCCUUGUUUAUUUUUACCCUUUCACCUUUAAGUUGUUAACCGUGAUUUUGUGGAUCAAUAUCAGUAUCUGAGCAACUGCACACUUACCCCUCCCCACCCCAGUCAACUGAUAACUAGUAAGGGUUAAUGUUGGGUUAAGGAAGGGGUAGGUACGAAGCUCCUCAGCUACUGACGUUCAUCGAUUUUCUUUACUUUCGCCAUACAUCUUUACAAAGUCAGUUUUAUAAUUUGGCGUUUCAUCAAGCAAUGCUCCAUUUUUUAUUUUCCAUUAUUCUGACCACCUGUCUACUUAUUCUUCAGCUUUGCCUAAAGAAACAAAAGAAGUUGUUCUUCCUAGACCAGAUCGUCUUCACCACAUGGUGGAAGAUUUCUUGACGCAGUGGUAAGCGAAAAUCAAGUUAUAUAAUUGGCUCGCUCUGACGAAGAGCUAACGCUCGAAACGUCGGCUUUAGAACUUCUUUACGGUGGCCAAAUUACAUCAUCAACUCAGUCCAUAAGACCAAAUUAUCGUGUAAUACCGCCCACUGACGCAGUACCACAGUUUCUAUAGCAACUUACCUCCUCUAUUAAAUAAUUGGUUAACGGGAUAGAAAGAGAGUGUAAAGGUUGUGCUUAUUGUUAAUAUUGCUACUGCUCCCUUUUUUAUCGAUUUUGUAGAUGUUAACCUCCUUACUCAUUUUUACAGGACUGCACCAAACUCACACAUUCUACCGUUACGUCGUUUCAUUGAAAAUGUUGUUCAAAGUGAUCUUCGUUCCUUUUUUGCUUCAACCUGCUUCAAGGUGAGUUGCACAACUUCUUAGAUACCCCUCUGGUUGUCACGAUUUUAAUGAUGGGCAACAUGUUUAUCAGACAGUUUUUCAACAAAUUGUAUCGUAACAUACUAGUAUUUUCGUGUAAUAGCCGGUCAACUUCUCACUUUGUGCGUCCUGAUUUUAGUGGAUUUAUUUUUUAGCGGAAAUUAUUUUACGAAACACUUUCAAUCUACUGCGUUGAUAAAAACAAUCGUUUCACUUAUCAGCUGCGUUCAUCGAGAUGUGAUGCACUUGAGAAGUUUGGAGAGCACUCUAAAAAGCUUAGAAUAGCCCUUGGCCGCUGCACCAGUCGCUGACACCUGAACGAAUUUUGAAAUUUUUUAGGAAACGUGCGUACAGUGGAGUAAAAUUUUUCUUCAACCCAUUAUAAUUUCAUUGACAAGUGCCCUUUCCAAAUCAUCGGCACCAACAGCGCACCACCUACCCCUCCCAAACUCAACUGUUGUUGAGUUAGGGGAGUCACUAAUAAGUUUUCCAUGACAUCUCUCUUUAUUUUUCCAGAUUAUGAUGACUCAGAAAACCGCACCAAUCAAUUGUCAAGGACACUACACAGAAGGUAGGAUGUCUCUUGAGAAAACGUAUAACUUGUAUUAA